AUGUCUGCUGCACGGCAUCAACGAUCGCCUAAUGAGCCUCCGCCUGCCUCUCUGGGGAGGCAAAUUUGCCACCAUCAUCAGCGCCUACCCUCCCCCAUGACUAGCCCUGACGCCGCAAGGGCCAAACUCUACGAGGACCUGCAUACCCUCCUGGCGACUGUGUCGAAGGCGGACAAGCUGACUAACCUUUGGGAAUUCAACGCCCGCGUCGUCACAGACCAUGCUGUCUGGAGAGGUGUGCUCGGUCCCCAUGGUCUAAAUGGUUCAAACGACAGUAGGCUGCUCCUUUUCCGCACCUGCGCAGAACACCGGCUCAUCCUGACGUAUACCUUUCUCUGCCUACCGAUGCGAGAGAAGGCCACCUGGAUGCAUCCUCGUUCGCGUCAGUGGCACCUGCUGGACUAUGUCCUCGUCCGGAGGCGAGGUCAGUUGGACUUGCUGGUGACAAAGGCGAACGCGGGCGCUGACAUAUGGACCGACCAUCGCCUCGUCAUCUCGAAGAUGCGUAUUCGCCUACAGCCUCGUAGGAGACCUCAAGGUAAGCGACCCCUAGGUAAGCUGAAUAUUUUCUUGUUGUCUCUGCUUGCUCACCAUCUUCAUUUCAGCAGCGAGCUAGCUCAACGGUUAGACAAACUUCCAGUCGUUGACGCCGCCUCCGCCUCCGGCACAGCUGACGAGAAUGCCUCAGUGGGAAACCGAUGGUGUCAACUGCGGGGAAACAGUCCAGUCGACGGCGUUAGCCGUCCUUGGUUGCUCGCGCCGCCAACACCAGGACUGUUUCGACGACAACGACGCCGCAAUCAGCAAUCUGCUCGCCAAGAAGAACCGCCUACGCAAAGCCUACGUAGACCACUUCACUGA